GGGGACAUGGAGUCUAAUCUACUUUGGGAUGAGUAAAGACUGAACGCACUUCCCUUCUUCACACUUUCUAGUUUGUAUCGUCAUCGCCUUAUAGAUUUUGUACUACAGAAGAGGAAGAGCGCGUGAGUGGACAUGGCGAGUCAGUCCGAUUCUCCUCCUAAUCCAGUCGACAAUAAGCCGCAAAUUCCAGAGUCUGUCCAACGAACUCCUGAAGAACAUCAAGUUUCAAACCCAGAAGCUCCAAGGGAGAAAUCUUCACCUUCUGUGUUUGUAAAUUCAGAACCAAUGCGUGAAGAUCAAGUGCAAAAUGCUGUGAAGUUUCUUUCACACCCGAAGGUUAGGGGAUCUCCAGUCAUGUAUAGGCGUUCUUUUCUUGAGAGGAAGGGCCUCACAAAGGAGGAAAUAGAUGAAGCUUUUCGCCGGGUUCCUGAUCCUACCCCAGCCGUUUCUAGUACACAAACUACUGUUGCAAAUCAAGAAGGACAGUUGAAAACUUCAUCAAAUAUUCAGCCACAGCCAGUACCUGCUGCAUCUGCAGGUACCAUGACAAAAGUGGGCUACUUUUCUCAAUUCCAUUGGAGUCAUGCAGUGGUUGUGGUUGGUGUACUGGCGGCUUCAGGAGCUGGUACUGCAAUUCUUUUUAAGAAAACUAUAAUUCCUCGAUUGAAGUCUUGGAUUCGGAAGGUUGUACUGGAAGAAGAAGCAGCAGAAGAGGGUGCUGUGAAGGGAAUCAAUUUGAAACCUAGUUUGGCCGAAGAAGCUGCUGUUGCUGCAAAAGCUGCAGCAGCUGCAGCUGCUGAUGUAGCUCGUGCAAGCCAGGAAAUGUUGGCCUCAAAAACAGAAGAGAAGAAGUACUUCAAGGAGCUUACAGAUCUAUUGAAUUAUCAAGUACAAGAGAUGAAAUCAAUGACUACUGCAAUACAGAGGUUGGAAGGACCAAAUAAUGUGUCUGGCAGACCACCAUUCUCAGAGCAAGAUAAUCGCAAAAUUUCAGUCUCUAGUUCACAGCCAUCACAGCAAUUCUAUACAAAUGGCAAAGUGGAUACUGAUGCACGCUCAGUAAGAUCUUCAUCGCCACCCACAUCUGUGGAACCUUCUGACCCUCCACAUCCAAAAUCUUACAUGGAGAUAAUGGAAAUGGUUCAAAGAGGGGAGAGACCUUCCAACAUUAGAGACAUUAAUGAUCAACCACCGAAUCCUCAUCAACCCAUACCUGAACCUCUAGUAGCACCAAAGCCUAAGCCUUGGGAAGUUGGUCAAACUCAGAACAGUUCAAGCAAUUUUAUUCAAUCUCAAGGCAGCGGUGAUGCCUCGAGUUACGGUGUCCAAGAUAAUAAUCAGUUCAAUGGAAGCGCUUCAACCCCUUGGUGGCAACGCAAAAAUGCUAGAGUUACAGAAAUCGAAUCUGAAGAUGAACAGAUGUUCGGGGGGCCUUCUGGUGUGCCAACCAACGAACGAGCUCCCCCACGGUCCUGGGUUCCUCCCCAGCCUCCUCCAGUUGCAAUGGCAGAAGCAGCAGCAGCGAUCCGACAACCUAAAAAGUCUGCAUUGCCGAAAGAUCAGCUGACAGACGACCAGUUGCUGGGGCGCUCAUCGGAAAUUUCUGAUGACUUACAGAGGAUUACAAAGAUCUCUGAAUCAGGUGGUGUUGGAGAAGCCAAUGGUGUGACUCAGACACCAUUAGCAGAUGAUGUGCCAGCUUUGGAAUAAACUAAGAAGUCAUAUAUGUUUGAUUUUACUUCUUCUUCCCCCUCCCCAGGAACUCAACCUGAUCUUGUGCUUGUUCUGCAAUUCAUUAUUAUGGUCAAUACUUGAUAUCAUAGUAAUAAUUACCAGGUCUUCUGUGCCUUUUGUGGAUUAUAUAAUACCAUAUCUCAUUUCUGGAUUUCCUUUGGAAAUAAACAAACAAGAUAGUUUCUUACUGGA